CACCGCCUCUUGGCUUCUCGCUUGGGAACUCCAGAGGCUCGCCUCGGCUUGCAAUGGACCCCAACUGCCCCUGCUCCGCUGGUGGCUCCUGCACGUGCACCGGCUCCUGCAAGUGCAAAGAGUGCAAAUGCACCUCCUGCAAGAAGAGCUGCUGCUCCUGCUGCCCCGUGGGCUAUGCCAAGUGUGCCCAGGGCUGCGUCUGCAAAGGGGCGUCGGAGAAGUGCAUCUGCUGUGCCUGAUGUGGGAAGAGCUCUGCUCCCAGAUGUAAAUAGAGCAACCUUCACAACCUGGAGGUUUUUUUACAUACAACCCCUAGCCAUUUGCUGCAUGUCUUUUCAUAUUAAAUAUGUGAAUGACAAUAAAAAAAUUUUGACUUGAA